AUGUAUGGACAGAAGGCUCGUCUUGGUGUUGACGCAAAUUCUGUACCAGAGGAAGUCCUGGACGGUAUGCAGACGGAGGAGCAGCUUGCAGAGGCACUAGGUGUUGUCAAUGAGGUCACAGACACAGAGGAGGAAGAGACAGGUGUUGAAAAGCAAGAAGAAGCAUCUGCUGUCAUUAACUGCAUCUCCUGUGGCAAAAGAUAUUUUGGUUUAAAUGUGUGCAAUAACAACAGAAACAAGCCCAAAAAAAUGAUCGAUAAUUCUGUGAAGAGAUUUCAACCAGCCAAGGUAGGGGAAACUGUGAUGGUUCCUGUUCCAUUAGUUGACCGCGGACGUGCAGAGUUUCCUAAUGUGAAGGCAGUUGUUUUUCAGGCAUUGGACAAUGGCACAUAUAAGCUUGGUACAAAACACGGCCUGCUUAAACAAGUGUACACUCGCAACCAAUUUACUCCAUGUCUAGAAAAAUUCCUUUCUCUUGAUGAUGUUGUACAGGAGCGGGAAGAUGAUGGACUCAUGUUAGGUAUAAUGGCAUUGAAAUAUCUUUUGGCAGCACUUGUGGGGGCGGCGGCGGUUAGCCCAGCUGGAACUUUGGCUUCAGCUAUCUACCGUGGCAGCUCAUCAGUACCUGACGCUCAACUUUCACUGCAGAUUCAGGUUCUGCAGGAGGUGGUGGCUGGUAUAUUGUCGGGACGCACCGUAGUACUCUACCUUGACCGAGCAAUAACACCCCAGACUCUGGGGCAUAUUAUAACUCUAUUCACCCUCCGAGACUGUCCCUUAGUUCUAGUUGAUCUUGGUUCAGAUGGAGAAGAAUGGUCUCACAAACAGUCUUUGGGAGUGUUGAGGGCAGAGUAUAUGAUUCAUGUAACCGUGUUAAUUAAUGACCCGCGCCCUUUUUUCAUGUCAGUGGUCAAUACGGACACUCGCUGGAAACCAAAGUAUUUGUUGAUGUUCAGUCUGUCAAGUGAUUUAAAAAGUAAUAUCCUAAUUUCCGAUGAAUUUAACAGAUCUGAAAAAAUCGUCAUGUUCAAUUAUCACAGAAACAGAAAAAGUAGAUUUAGUGGUCCCAUGGAAAUGUUUACAUAUUUUCCUUUUUCAAAUGAAGACCAGAUUGUAUCACUUGGGUUCUGGUCUGUAGCCGCACAACAAUCGAUCAAUGAUAUUUUCGUUGAUCGUUUCCCAACAUUUGAAGGUUAUAAGUUCUUGCUGGGAACUUGGUUCUACGAUUUUCCAUAUUUGCAUCAGGCAAAGAAUAAACCAGAAGGUGAAGGUGAUGGAGUACAGGUAGAGGUACUAGAUGCUUUAGCCACUAAACUUAAUUAUACGUUCAAUCUUACCACUGAGCCACCUGACGAAAAAUGGGGCAGCUUUGAGAAUGGGUCUUGGAAUGGCAUGCUGGGUAUGAUCCAUAGAGGAGAAAAGAAUUUUACUGUUAAUUAUUUCGGCUACACCAACAAAAGGAUCGAAGACUUCGAUGCCACUGUGUCCUACUGGAUGGAGGGAUUUGGGCUAGCGCUCUUAAAGCCACAGCCGUUGCCAAAGUGGCGCAGCGUGUAUUAUCCUUUCACUCCACUGGUAUGGGCCUCGGCAGCUCUCGCUUUCUCAGUCGUUACUAUUGCUUUUUACUUACAAGACAUUGCUGAAACCAAACCAACUACGAAAAACAGCGGUCUAGUGUGGCUUUAUGUGCUGCGUCCCAUGCUCAGCCAUGCUUUGCCGCGGCUGCCGGUGACACAUAGUCAGCGAGUGUUCGUUGCCUCGUGGUGGUUAACCAGCCUCAUUCUUACCACAGCCUACACAGCCAACCUCAUCGCCUUCCUUACCAUUCCUCUCUACCCCAAAAAACUGCAGACAGUAGAGGAGCUGGCUGAAAGCAAUUACAGAGCCGAGACCAGGAGAGCAAUGAGAACCGACUAG